ACACGUCUCUCAAACACAGAACCAGGAAACUCAGUUAGAAGAAACUGAAACUGAUCUGCUGUUGAGCUGUUGUUUGUGUGUCUGUUUUGCUGUAGACAGUGAAAUGGCUGAAGCCAGUGUUUUUUCAGUGGAGCAGUUCUUGUGUCCGGUGUGUCUGGAUCUCCUGAAGGAUCCAGUGGCCAUUCCCUGUGGACACAGUUACUGUAUGAGCUGCAUUACAGACUGCUGGGAUCAAGAGGAUCAGAAGAGAGUCUACAGCUGCCCUCAGUGCAGACAGACCUUCAGUCCAAGACCUGCUUUAGGAAAAAACACCAUGCUGGCUGAAGUGGUGGAGAAACUGAAGAAGACCAAACUAACAGCUGCUGUUCCUGCUGGACCUGGAGACGUGGAGUGUGACAUCUGUACUGGAAGAAAACACAAAGCUGUCAAGUCCUGUCUGGUGUGUCUGGAGUCUUACUGUCAAACUCAUUUUGAGCGUCAUGAGGAGUUUCACUCAGGAAAGAGACACAAAGUGAUUGAUGCCACUGGACGACUGCAGCAGAUGAUCUGCAGGAAACAUGAUAAGAUUCUGGAGGUUUUCUGUCGUACUGACCAGCAAUGUGUUUGUGUACUUUGUAUGACAGAUGAACAUAAAAACCAUGAGACUGUAUCAACUGCAGCAGAGAGGACAGAGAAAGAGAAACACUUGAAGGAGACUCAGAGUGAACUCCAGCAGAGAAUCCAGCAGAGACAGAAAGAUCUGGAGCAGCUGAGAGCGGCUGUGGCGUCUCAUAAGCGCUCUGCACAGACAGCAGUGGAGGACAGUGAGAGGAUCUUUACUGAGCUCAUCCGCUCCAUUGAGAGAAGCCGCUCUGAGGUGACACAGCGGAUCAGAGAUCAGGAAAAGACUGCAGUGAGUCGAGCUGAAGGACAAAUGGAGCGACUGGAGCAGGAGAUUGAUGAUCUGAAGAAGAGAAACACUGAGCUGGAGCAGCUUUCACACACAGACGAUCACAUCCAUUUCCUCCAGAGUCUUCAGUCUCUCUCAGCUCCUCCUGAAUCUACAGAAAACAUCUCUGUCAGUUUCCUCUCUUCUUUUGAUGUUGUGAGAGAAUCUGUCUGUCAGCUGAGACACAAACUGGAGGAUUUCUGCAAAGACGAGAUGAUAAAGAUAUCUGUCACUCACAGUAACAUUGUUCCCAGAACCAGAGAGGACUUCCUACAGUAUUCCCAUCAGUUCACUCUGGAUCCAAACACUGCACAUAAACUCCUCCGUCUGUCUGAAGGGAACAGAGUGGUGACUUACACUGACACAGAGCAGCCGUAUCCUGAUCAUCCAGACAGAUUUGAUCGUUAUCUUCAGGUGUUGUGUAGAGAGAUUGUGAAUGGACGCUGUUACUGGGAGCUUGAGUGGAGUGGGAGUAAUGUGCGUAUAUCAGUGUCAUAUAAGAGCAUCAGCAGGAAGAGACCUGUUUAUGAGUGUUUAUUUGGAUGUAAUGAUCAGUCCUGGAGAUUGUCCUGCUCUCCCUCCAGUUUCUCAUUCUGGCACAAUAUCAAUCAGACUGACCUCGCUGUUCCCUCCAGCUGCAGGAGAAUAGGAGUGUAUGUGGAUCUCAGUGCAGGAACUCUGUCCUUCUACAGCGUCUCUGACACAAUGAACCUCAUCCACACAGUCCAGACCACAUUCACUCAGCCGCUCUUUCCUGGGUUUUAUGUUUGUGGUUGUCAAUCAUCAGCAAAACUAUAACUAUGUAAAUUAUAGAGAUUUUACACAUUGUUUGUCUACGGCAAAAUGCUUUAAAUCUCAGUCUAUGAGUCCCAACUGAGGUCUAAAAACUGUGUAAAUUUUAUCACCCAAACUCAUUUUAAUUGAUGAAGAUAAAUUUAAAAAAUCUCGGCAAAAAGAUGAAAGAGGUAGAAUGGGUUUGUACUUUUAUAAUCUUUCAGAAAGGGGUUCGGCAAGAUGCUGUUGUCCUAAAGAGAUCUCUUGAUACAGCUGUGCUCUUAUUAAACAGAAGAAUUAACUUUGAAAUACAGUGUAAAUCUGUGUAUUAAGUUGUUGGGUUUUUUUCUCAAUGAUCCAGAGAAAUUGGUGUAUCUGAACUAAACUGAGUCAAACAAUAAUAUCUAAGAAUACUUAUGUCAAUGUGAUACUGUAUUUGCAGUUUCACAUACUUUUUCAUUUACACCACACUUGAUUUUACUUUGUCAUUAUAUGAUGUAUGGAGUGUAGAUUGAUUUGGAGGAAAAUAAAGCAUUUUAGCACUGGGCUGCAACAUUAAAUGUUGGGAAAGUCUGAAUAUAUUUUAGUUCAGUGACAGAUUGCUACUGAAGUAAUUGAAGUAACACCACCUCACUGUUUGAUUUUAUUACAGCAGAAUAGAAAAGACUGAUUAAAAAGCAAAUAUUUUUCACACAGUGUACUAGAAUGUAUUGAUUAAUGAAAAUAAUUGUUUCAUAUGUACUACACCAUAUGAGAAAAACAAAGAGUGAAAAAAAUUUUACAAACUGAUCACUUUCAAAAAGACAAAUCCAUAUGACGUAUACUCUGCUGUACAGUUGUGGUAUAACCAAAACAUGCUUAAUACAGCAGAGAAAUAAAACCUAUUCAGCUUGUUGUAGAUGGUAGGAAUCUCUUCUAAUACUUCUAUUCUAACUUCAUUAUUAAAGCAUUGAUGAAUAUUAACUUCAAUAAAUGGUCAUUUAUGGAUAUGUUUGGGAAAUAUGCAGCCACCGCUGAAAGCAAAACUCUCAAACACAUGUAAUAAUAUCUGUGGAGCUCAUUAAUGUUGUCUCUGAAACACAAACCCACCGGCCAGCCUGGAAACACUCCACUCUCCCACUUCUUCUCAAACUCUAUCAAGAUCUUUCCAUAGAGCUCAUUCUGAUCCAGCAGAGGCUUGACCCGAUCCGUGUAUUCCUGCAGAUACUCCAGCAACAUCUCCAGAUACCUGCAAGAGCACAGACAUGAGAUCCCUGACCAGAAACUACAUUCAUCCAUAUCAAAG